CGGCAACUCUCUCUCUCACACACACAUCCCAUUUGCAUUGCAUCUGCACCACUCGCACUCAGCAGCCAGACUCCUCUCCUCUGCCUCUCCGACCGACGCCGAGGACCAGAGGAGCUCGUCCAGCUCCCAUGUCUAGCGACCCCGAGGAGAUCAGGGCCCGCGUCGUCGUCCUCGGCGCCCACGCCGACGCAGCCGACGAGUGGGCCCGUCCGGAGCUAGAGGCCUUCCACCUCCCCUCCCCCUCCCAUCAGCCCCCCCGCUUCCUAGGAGAGGAGGACCAAGCAACGCCACCUCCUCACCCAGAACCAGAAGCACCCCCCGCCACCAACACAUGUAGCAGCAGCCCAGCUGCCGCUCCUCCUCCGUCGCCGCCGCCUCCUGCGCCACUGGAGACCGAGCAGCCGCCCAAUGCUAAACCAUCGUCCUCCUCCAACAAUGACAAGAACCCGUCCCCGCCUGCCGCCCUGCGCGACCUCUUCCGCUUCGCCGACGGCCUCGACUGCAUCCUCAUGGCCGUCGGCACACUCGGCGCUCUCGUCCACGGCUGCUCCCUUCCGGUCUUCCUCCGCUUCUUCGCCGACCUCGUUGACUCCUUCGGCUCCCAUGCCAACGACCCGGACACCAUGGUCCGCCUCGUCGUCAAGUACGCCUUCUACUUCCUCGUCGUCGGAGCAGCCAUUUGGGCAUCCUCAUGGGCAGAGAUCUCGUGCUGGAUGUGGACCGGCGAGCGCCAGUCGACGAGGAUGCGGAUCCGCUACCUGGAGGCGGCGCUGCGCCAGGACGUCUCCUUCUUCGACACCGAUGUCCGCACCUCCGACGUCAUCUACGCCAUCAACGCCGACGCAGUCAUCGUGCAGGACGCCAUCAGCGAGAAGCUCGGCAACCUCAUCCACUACAUGGCCACCUUUGUCGCAGGCUUCGUCGUCGGAUUCACCGCCGCCUGGCAGCUCGCGCUCGUCACGCUCGCCGUCGUGCCGCUCAUCGCCGUCAUCGGCGGCCUCAGCGCCGCUGCGCUCGCCAAGCUCUCCUCCAGGAGCCAGGACGCGCUCUCCAACGCCAGCAACAUCGCCGAGCAGGCGCUCGCGCAGAUACGGAUCGUGCAGGCCUUCGUCGGCGAGGAGCGCGCAAUGCGGGCCUACUCGGCGGCGCUCGCCGUGGCGCAGAGGGUCGGCUACCGCAGCGGCUUCGCCAAGGGCCUCGGCCUCGGCGGCACCUACUUCACCGUCUUCUGCUGCUACGCGCUGCUGCUCUGGUACGGCGGCCACCUCGUGCGCCGCCACCACACCAACGGUGGCCUCGCCAUCGCAACCAUGUUCUCCGUCAUGAUCGGCGGCCUGGCCCUGGGGCAGUCUGCGCCGAGCAUGGCGGCGUUCGCCAAGGCGCGCGUGGCGGCGGCGAAGAUAUUCCGGAUCAUCGACCACAAGCCGCGCAUCGAGCGGGACGGCGAGGGCGGCGUGGAGCUGGAGUCAGUGACGGGGCGGGUGGAGAUGAGGAACGUGGACUUCGCGUACCCGUCCCGGCCGGACGUCCCCAUCCUGCGCGGCUUCUCGCUGAGCGUGCCCGCUGGGAAGACCAUCGCGCUGGUCGGCAGCUCCGGCUCCGGCAAGAGCACCGUCGUGUCCCUCAUCGAGAGGUUCUACGACCCGAAUGCAGGGCAAAUCCUGCUUGACGGGCAUGAUCUCAAGGCACUGAAGCUGCGUUGGGUGCGGCAGCAGAUUGGGUUGGUGAGCCAGGAGCCGACGCUGUUCGCGACGAGCAUCAAGGAGAACCUGCUGCUGGGGCGGGAAAGCCAGGGCGCGACGCAGGCGGAGAUGGAGGAGGCGGCCAGGGUUGCCAACGCCCACUCCUUCAUCAUCAAGCUGCCCGAUGGCUACGACACGCAGGUGGGCGAGCGCGGCCUGCAGCUCUCCGGCGGCCAGAAGCAGCGCAUCGCCAUCGCCCGCGCCAUGCUCAAGAACCCGGCCAUCCUCCUGCUGGACGAGGCCACCAGCGCCCUCGACUCCGAGUCUGAGAAGCUCGUGCAAGAGGCGCUCGACCGCUUCAUGAUCGGCCGCACCACGCUCGUCAUCGCCCACAGGCUCUCCACCAUCCGCAAGGCCGACCUCGUCGCCGUCCUGCAGGGCGGUGCCGUCUCCGAGGUGGGCACGCACGACGAGCUCAUGGCCAAGGGGGAGAACGGCACCUACGCCAAGCUCAUCCGAAUGCAGGAGCAGGCGCACGAGGCCGCCCUCGUCAACGCCAGGAGGAGCAGCGCCAGGCCCUCCAGCGCCCGCAACUCCGUCAGCUCCCCCAUCAUGACGCGCAACUCCUCCUACGGCCGCUCGCCCUACUCCCGCCGCCUCUCCGACUUCUCCACCUCCGACUUCAGCCUCUCCAUCCACGACCCCAGCCACCACCAUCACCACCGGAUGGCGGAGAAGCUGGCGUUCCGCGCGGGGGCCAGCUCCUUCUGGCGCCUGGCCAAGAUGAACUCGCCCGAGUGGGGCUACGCGCUCGUCGGUUCCCUCGGCUCCAUGGUGUGCGGCUCCUUCAGCGCCAUCUUCGCCUACAUCCUCAGCGCCGUGCUCAGCGUCUACUACGCGCCGGACCCCCGGCACAUGAAGCGCGAGAUCGGCAAGUACUGCUACCUGCUCAUCGGCAUGUCCUCGGCGGCGCUGCUCUUCAACACGGUGCAGCACGUGUUCUGGGACACCGUGGGCGAGAACCUUACCAAGCGUGUGCGCGAUAAGAUGUUCGCCGCUGUGCUCCGCAACGAGAUCGCCUGGUUCGACGCCGAGGAGAACGCCAGCGCGCGCGUCGCCGCCAGGCUCGCGCUCGACGCCCAGAACGUGCGCUCCGCCAUCGGGGACCGCAUCUCCAUCAUCGUCCAGAACUCGGCGCUCAUGCUCGUGGCCUGCACCGCGGGCUUCAUUCUGCAGUGGCGUCUUGCGCUCGUACUCCUCGCCGUCUUCCCUCUCGUUGUCGGCGCCACCGUCCUGCAGAAGAUGUUCAUGAAGGGCUUCUCCGGGGACCUGGAGGGCGCGCACGCUCGGGCCACGCAGAUCGCUGGUGAGGCCGUGGCGAACUUGCGCACUGUGGCGGCUUUCAACGCGGAGGGCAAGAUCACGGGACUCUUCGAGGCCAACCUGCGUGGCCCUCUCCGGCGGUGCUUCUGGAAGGGCCAGAUAGCCGGGAGCGGCUACGGCGUGGCACAGUUCCUGCUGUACGCGUCGUACGCGCUGGGCCUGUGGUACGCGGCGUGGCUCGUCAAGCACGGCAUCUCCGACUUCUCCAGGACCAUCCGCGUGUUCAUGGUGCUGAUGGUCUCCGCCAACGGCGCUGCCGAGACGCUGACGCUGGCGCCGGACUUCAUCAAGGGCGGGCGCGCCAUGCACUCGGUGUUCGAGACCAUCGACCGCAAGACGGAGGUGGAGCCCGACGACGUGGACGCGGCGCCGGUGCCCGAGCGCCCCAGGGGCGAGGUGGAGCUCAAGCAUGUCGACUUCUCGUACCCGUCCCGGCCGGACAUCCAGGUGUUCCAGGACCUGAGCCUCCGCGCGCGCGCCGGCAGGACGCUGGCGCUGGUCGGGCCGAGCGGAUGCGGCAAGAGCUCGGUGCUGGCGCUGAUCCAGCGGUUCUACGAGCCCACGUCCGGGCGCGUGCUCCUGGACGGCAAGGACGUGCGCAAGUACAACCUGCAGGCGCUGCGGCGCGUGAUCGCGAUGGUGCCGCAGGAGCCGUUCCUGUUCGCGGCCAGCAUCCAUGACAACAUCGCGUACGGUCGUGAGGGCGCAACGGAGGCGGAGGUGGUGGAGGCGGCGACGCAGGCGAACGCGCACAAGUUCAUCUCGGCACUGCCGGAGGGAUACAGGACUCAGGUGGGCGAGCGCGGGGUGCAGCUGUCGGGCGGGCAGCGGCAGCGGAUCGCCAUCGCGCGCGCGCUGGUUAAGCAGGCGGCCAUCAUGCUGCUGGACGAGGCGACCAGCGCGCUGGACGCGGAGUCGGAGCGGUGCGUGCAGGAGGCACUGGAGCGCGCGGGGUCGGGGCGCACCACCAUCGUGGUGGCGCACCGGCUGGCGACGGUGCGCAAUGCCCACACGAUCGCCGUGAUCGACGACGGCAAGGUGAUGGAGCAGGGGUCGCACUCGCACCUGCUCAACCACCACCCUGACGGAUGCUACGCGCGCAUGCUGCAGCUGCAGCGGCUGACCGGUGCCACUGCGGCGUCGACGUCGAACGGGACUGCGUAGGGGAGUUUCAGAGCUUCAUCGAUGAGAGGUCGGUGGAAGGGAUCUCAUGUUACGAUUACAAACACGUUCACUUGUACAAUUUGAUCUGGAGUUUUAGGAUCUAAACCUUUUCUUUCUUUCUUUCUUCUUGCUGUGAUGUGGAACAGCAAUAGCAUCUCUCAAAUUAGAGUAUUGUAAGUAACGGCUCCCAAUCCCAAGGGAAAUUACCUACUUAAUCGUAUA